AUGCCGCUAGCCCUGGCGCCUCAGUCAAAUCGACAGGGUUUGACCUCAACAUCGCACGUUUGCAUUUCAAACCUCCACCAGCUUCAGCAAUGUCUCAAGAUAAAUGGGCUUCCUUUGAGCGUAAAGGGGCUGAGAGUCUGGAAUGCAGCUCCCGGCGAACCAUUUAUUCAGGUUCAGACUGAGCCAGACCGGUGA